GCCCUCUUUUAUGCCCAUCUAGGAUGCUUAAAUGUGCUUUAGUGACAACUCAAGGGGUUUUGCCCCUUUUCCCAAUUUUAUUUGUACAUAACGAGUUAAUCUGAAAACUAUCCAUCUAUGUGUGAAUCGCAGAAUGAAUUUAAUACGAUAACCUUUAGUAAUAUCAACCCAAUUUUCCAUAAACACUCAAUUCCAGAAAUCGAAGCGUUUAACUGGCUUCAGCAGUCUUUCAAAAAAAAAACUGGCUUCAAAAGUACAAUAUGAUCACUUCUUCGUAGACUCCCUUCCCUCCAUUGUGUUAUUCGAUUCGAUUACGGAUUGCCGGCCAUGCAAUAGGGUGCUCGUAGCUUUCUCUUCAACUCCUCAGAUUUCAUCGGCAGUUCAGAUCUCCAUCCUCCUCAGACAUAAUUUCUGAGACUAAGCAAAGCCCCCCAUGGAUAAGCUGAAGACAAAAUUUACAUGGAGGAUCGAGAAUUUCUUGCAACUGGAGGUUGAAAAGCUUUACUCUGUGACGUUUCUCGUGAGUGAGAAGAAAUGGAGGGUGCUCCUUUUUCCCAGAGGAAACAAGACAAUGAAGAUUGAAGAUCAUAUGUCAUUGUACCUCGAUGUGGCUGAUGCGUCUAGCUUACCCAAUGGCUGGAGUAUAUCAACAAAUUUCAGUCUAACUCUUAUAGACCAGAUAGAUAGCAAAAGAACCACCAAGAAAGAGGAAAAUCACACUUUCCAUGCUAAAGAAAGGGAUUGGGGUUUCCACAAUUUUAUCCCUCUCAGUGAUCUUCAUGAUAAAAGUGGAGGGUAUCUUGUUGAAGACACGUGCUUGAUUGAAGUUGAAGUAAACGUGCCUGAUCAUGUUUCCCCAUGUGUCAACAAUAAAGCUUUAGAUUCUUCUGUUGCUGAUUUUGAUCAUGCAGAAACUGCCUAUGCCCAGGGUCAGGCUUUUCUCGAGUCCCUGCGACCCAAGAAACUGUCCACCUCUGUACCUCCUAAUAGUGCUUCAACAUUUGAAAUGUCUUUGCUUAAAGGAAAUGCAACUCAUUUUAAAGAACUCCUUGACAUACUGAUAUCAUCCCCUCUGGAUGAUUUAGCUAGUCCUGAGAGCGAAGCUGCAGUAUUGAAAUAUUUUUCCUCACUGAACAACACUUUCCUACAUGUUAAGGGUGGGAGUAGUGAGUAUCCCUGGUCCACUCUUGAGAAAACCAAAACCCUUCUUGAAGAACUACUGAAGACAGAGGAGGGAUUAAAGACUGAAUUGGAAGGGCUAAAUAAGAAAGAAACGGAGUUGGAAGCUCAACUCGAGGCAAUGGAAUGCAAUUGUCGAAAACUCGAAGACGAAAGAGAAGUGUUGUCAAAGCAGAUGGUGACAGUCUGUUCUCUUGCCAAGGAACAUGCUCGGAAAGUUGAAUCAAAGAAGGCUAAGAUGGAACAGGAUAAAAACAAGGUGGAGCUGAGCUUGAAGUCUAAAUGGACUGCAACUAAACAUCUCUUUGCAUGAGAAUUAUGAGCUGUCUAGUGUCCAUUAAUACAUCCCACUUCCCAAACACUUUGUUUUCUGUUACCAGUCAAGGGAUUAGAUUUUAACCUACUUUUGUAAGGUUUGGUUUGAAGAAAGGGGAUUUACAUAAACGCGGAUCUACUAUAAACAUUAAACACCUUUUACUUAUCAGUUUAUAAUGCUUCAAAAGUGUUUUUGGAUUAUCAUUAUUCAAUGAAAUGCUUCUUUCAAAAGCAUUUU